GUGGUUUGACUGACAGCAGCAGCUAUGAUGGGAAAGAUCAUCUUUUACGAGGACAGAAACUUUGGAGGCCGUUACUAUGAGUGCAUGGGCGACUGUGCUGACCUGCACUCCAUGUUUGAGCGCUGCCGCUCCAUUAGGGUAGAGAGUGGCAUGUUCAUGAUCUACGACCGCCCAGGCUUCAUGGGAAACCAGUACUUCAUGAGGAUGGGAGAGUACUCUGACUACAUGGGCAUGGCCGGCCUGAAUGACUGUGUCAGGUCCUGUCGCAUGAUCCCCAUGCACAGCGGUAGCUUUAGGAUGAGGCUCUACGAGCAUUUCGACAUGGGAGGUGAGAUGAUGGAGCUCAUGGACGACUGCCCUAACGUCACGGACCGUUUCCGUAUGUCCAACUUCAACUCCUGCAAUGUGAUGGACGGCCACUGGCUCAUGUACGAGCAUUCCAACUACAGAGGACGUCACUACUACCUGAGGCCUGGCCAGUACAGGAGCUUCAGCGACUGGAGAGGCAACAACUCCAGGAUCGGCUCCAUCAGGCGACUCAUGGAUCUCUAAAGACGGAAGAACGGUUCUUGUGAAAUGUCUGCUGUUUGCCUUGUUUCACACGCUGAAUAAAAUGGCAUCAGUGCUCAAGUGUUUUCAGUUUUGUUCUUGCUCUCUGCAUUUGGCGGGAAUGUUUCCUCAUGAGGAUGCGAUGGGGUCAUGGCCUGACAUCCUGACUCUCAUCAGAGGCUUGAAUAAAAUACUGCA